AUGUCUCUGAAGCAGGAAAUCGAAACCUGGGUGGCAGCCCUCGCCAGCUACGACAACAAUGAGUUCGACGUCGCAUUGAAGGUCUUUGACACAAUCUCCGAUACGUCCAAGAUUCUGUUCAACUGCGGCGUAAUCCAUGCCACACUUGGCGAGCAUGAGAAGGCGGUCGACUGCUACCAGCGCGCUGUGCGUCUGGACCAGUACCUCGCAGUGGCAUACUUCCAGCAGGGUGUGUCAAACUUCCUUAUGGGCGACUUCGAGGAAGCCCUCGCCAACUUCAACGACACACUCCUCUACCUACGCGGAAACAACAACAUCGAUUACGAACAAUUGGGUCUCAAGUUCAAGCUAUACUCCUGCGAGGUACUGUUCAAUCGCGGUCUUUGCUACAUCUACCUCCAGCAAAGAGACGCCGGUCUACAGGAUCUGUCUUUCGCAGCCAAGGAGAAAGUGGUGCCCGACCAUGAUGUGAUCGACGAGGCUAUUCGGGAGGAAGCAGAAGGCUACACUGUCUUCUCCAUUCCCGUCGGCAUUGUCUACCGUCCCAACGAAGCCAAGGUCAAGAACCUGAAGACAAAGGACUAUCUUGGAAAAGCCCGCCUGGUCGCUGCUUCAGACCGGGCCAAUGCCUUUACUGGCUUCGCUGGCGCCGAAAUCAAGAAGGGAGGCCAGGCCGCAAAAGAUGACAGAACUGAGGAUAAGAUCUCGUACGCGGCGACCAACCUUGUCAAGCCAGAACUUCAGAGCAGAGCACGCCAGCAGUCAGAACCACCAAUGAACCGUAACAUGUUCCCACCCACACCGCCACCGGAGGCAGACAGAAGGUCUGGUGACAGGAGAUCUGGUGGAGAGCGGAGACCUGCCGCCGAUGCUCCCAUGAGCCGCGCGCAAUCCGUACGAGGCGGUGGCCCUAAGCCUCAGCCUCUGAACCUUGGACGAGCUGCCUUUGAUCAGCAAAGCAACAACGAGCCGCCUCGUCGCCAGCCAACACAGCGCUCCGCCUCUGAACGUCCACCACCAAGUCGUUCAGAGUCAAUGCGAGACCGAGGGCAACGUGAUCAGCGGGAUCAGCGAGACCAGCGAGACCGUGACUACAGGCCACGUCGCCGUGGGUCUGACGAUGAUAUCAUUGACGACUACUACGACAAUGACCCCUACCCGCCUUCUCGUGGGAGCCGCGGGGCAUACGCUCGCUCAAAACAGAGCAGGCGACCGGCUUACAUUGAAGAAGAAGACGAAGACGACUACGAUGGUAGUGAUCUUGAUGAUGCCGAAUUCGAGAUGAUGUCUCGCACAAAAUCCAGGAGACGAUCCCCCGCCCGCUCCGCCAGAUCUGGUGGUAGCACCCGCGGUGCAGGCAGCAAAGUCAGAGUGAAGGUCCACUCUAGCGACACACGUUACGUCUUUAUCAGUUCCGAUCAGUUAAUCACUGAAUUCUGGCAACAGAUUCGGGAGAAGUUCGGUGUACGAAAUAAGUUCAAGGUGGAGUUCAAAGACGAUGGCGACAUGAUCACCAUGGCCGACCAGGACGAUCUUGACAUGGCCAUCCAGACGGCGAAGAGUGUUGCAAGGAAGGAAGGCAGCGAUAUGGCCAAGAUGGAGGUUUGGGUUAGAGAAGUAUAG